GCUAAUCUCUUUUGCUCUUGAAAUGAUAGCUUACAUCUUGCUAUACAAUUCUUGUAAAGUUGUUGGCAUUGCGAUGAAAUGGACUCUGUUUAUUUCGAGUUGCGGUGAAAGAAUAAGCUGUCGGAGAAAGGAAAGCUUUGACGUUUUGAAAACAGCUUUUCGCUUUAAUUGGAAGAGCAACUUUUACAAUAACCGUAAUGGUAUCGCCCGAGUACAACCUGCUGUUGGUAUUCUUUCGUGGGUUGGAAACCACCUUGAUAGAGUUGUUUGGCACAGUGACUUGACAACAACUCAAAGAAGAGGAAAUUUUCUGACUUUAUUCAAACUUCUAUGUUCCACCUCAGAUCCAAAUAACAGAAAGGAGAAAACUGAUUAUUUGAUUGACAAGACUUCCCACCCAAAGUUUUCGGAGAAUAGCUUAUCUACGAAGAGCCCAGAACGCGCUCAAAAUGGAGUUGCAGAAAAUGCACACGUGAACCCCUCAAGUGAAGAGUCGGUUUCGACUUCGAAAAAGAAACGACGUGAAAGGAUACCUCAUACAAGAGAAAGAAGGGAUAUGUUUUGGAGAGGCGUCACAACAGUGAACAAGGUGGAGGCACACGCUGGCCUAACAACUUUUGCGUUGGUUGUAAGAAGCUUAGAGGCCAAGCGUAUUUUCUCUCCUCCGUGCUCACCUGCAAGACGAGGGUAUCUACUUGCUGACGACUAUAAUUUACAUAUAGUUGCUUCUACGGCGUCUUUUGGAAAAAAAGCAGUUCCUCGAGUCAAGGCACGAAGGAGACUAAGAGAAGCUUGUCGUCGUAUUUUUCCUUUUCACGCGAAAAGGCAUAAAGAGUACACUAUAACUGCACAUCCGGUGGUUCUUUUUGCAAAAUGGGAGGAUAUAUUGGCUGAUGUAUAUGAAGCACUGAAACGAACCAAUUGUUAUAUAGAAGAUAUAGAUAGUUGACAUAUGAAAGGUUUGCCAUGCCCAGUCUUGUCACAUGAGUAUUCGUAAACAAGUAUACGACAACAAAUCUGUUGUAAAUAUAUUUGAUAUAUUUGAUCAACUUUAUUUGAAAUCAACAGUAAAAGUGGAUAAGCUUUU